AAAGCCACUCAGACUCUCUGCUUUCUGCUCAGUGAUAUGAUAAACUACGACUAAUAAGGAACAUAAGCAUUAUUGUGCCAAAAAUCCAGGAAUAAAAAAAAUGGCUCCGAGGUUCUUACACUUCAUCAUUCUUUUGCUCUUCUUCAUCUGUUCCUCUGCAACAUUAGGUAACAACCAUGAAGACCCAACAACCAAAACAAUGGAGGAUUUCUCAGGUUACCCAAUUCACGAAUCUCACUCUUGCAUCUCAAACACUCUCUCUGCACUCUCCGUUGAUGCUCAAACUUUGCAGAAUCAGAUUGAUGAGCUUUCAAGCCUUUCGGAUACACCUGCCCCAUCAGUAACCAGAAUUCUCUACACUGAGAAGGAUGUAUUGGCGCGAAGAUUCAUUAAAAACUUGAUGAGACUCUCUGGUCUAUCUGUUAGGGAGGAUGCUGUUGGUAACAUAUUCGGCCGGUGGGAAGGCCAUGAGCCAGAGCUUGCUGCAGUUGCAACCGGUUCUCACAUUGAUGCCAUUCCAUUCUCUGGAAAGUAUGAUGGAGUCGUGGGUGUUUUAGGUGCUAUAGAAGCCAUAAAUGUACUGAAAAGGUCUGGCUUUAAACCUAAAAGGGCUAUUGAAGUUAUAUUAUUCACCUCAGAAGAGCCUACACGCUUUGGAAUCGGCUGCCUGGGAAGCCGCUUAUUGGCGGGGGGUGAGGCACUUGCGAAAGCUCUUAAGACGACAGUGGAUGGCCAAAACAUAUCCUUCUUCUACGCUGCAAGAUCAGCUGGCUAUGCGAAAGAUCAAGAUGACUUAUCCAACGUGUUUCUAAAGAAAGGAACAUACUCUGCUUUUGUAGAGUUGCACAUUGAGCAAGGACCCAUUUUGGAGGAAGAAGGUAUAUCAAUUGGCAUCGUAACUGCUAUUGCAGCCCCGGCAAGUAUUAAAGUGGAAUUUGAAGGCAAUGGGGGCCACGCGGGUGCUGUCUUAAUGCCAAAUAGAAAUGAUGCUGGGCUGGCAGCUGCAGAACUAGCACUAGCUGUAGAAAGACAUGUGUUAGAAUCUGGAUCCAUUGAUAGUGUUGGUACAGUUGGUAUCUUGGAGCUUCACCCCGGAGCAAUCAACAGUAUCCCUAGCAAAUCACAUCUUGAAAUUGACACUAGAGACAUUGAUGAAGGAAGAAGAAACAUCAUAAUUGAGAAAAUCCGGCAAUCCGCAAGUACGAUAGCCAAAAACCGCGGGGUUAGGCUAUCAGAAUUUAAAAUCAUAAAUCAGGAUCCACCAGCACUUUCUGAGAAGUCAAUAAUUGAGGCAAUGAAGGCUUCAUCAGCAGAUCUAAACCUUACACACAAGUUAAUGAUUAGCCGAGCAUACCACGAUUCACUGUUUAUGGCUAGAGUAUCUCCUAUGGGUAUGAUAUUCAUUCCAUGCUACAAAGGUUACAGCCAUAAGCCUGAAGAAUUUUCCUCCAUUGAUGACAUAUCUAAUGGGGUUAAGGUCUUAGCACUUACCCUUGCCAAGUUGUCAAUCCAAUGAAACAGACCUUUUGUAGGCAGUUUGAAUAAAGUCCUUUCUGUGUAAAUAAUUUGAAUAAAGUCCUUUUCUUUCUCAUUGGCAUUGAAACAAAAUUGGAAAACAUCUUUGCAGUCUCAUUCUGUGCGUCUUCUUGUGCUUAUUUGCUGUUCAAAAUUGAAUCAGUGAACAUGAGUGAGAGAGAGAGAGAGAGAUGAAAAGAACUUGGUAUAUAUUUAUGUACUAUUGUGCCAACAAGAAAUGGCAGAAACAGAAAUCAGAAACUUUGAUCCCAGAAUGU